UCUCUGCCCGUCACCGGCUGUUCCGGUCAUUACUCGGUUGUACUUGUUUACCUUCUUCCUUUGUUCUUAGCCUUUCUCGCUUUGAUUCUCAGCUUGUGUGUUCGGUUCUGCUUCGCGUGUUGAAGUUCAUCUAUUUGGUCCUUGUGAGUGUUUACUCUUCGACUGUAGACCAUCUUAGUACAGGACUUAGAAGAUGACGAAGGGCAAGGGGACCGUGAGGAUCCCAAAGGAAGUGUUGAAGGCUGUUGAUGACCGAAAGGUAGGAAAGCGAAAAGCCGCUGCCAAGCCUGACAAGAGUAGCGCACGGUCAAAGAAGGCAAAGAAAGAUCCCAACAAACCCAAAAGGCCGCCAAGUGCUUUCUUUGUGUUCCUUGAGGAGUUCAGAAAGACGUUCAAGGCAGAAAAUCCUCAUGUGAAGGCUGUAUCAGCUGUUGGUAAAGCUGGAGGAGAAAAAUGGAAGUCCAUGAGUCCAGCUGAAAAAGCUACUUAUGAAGCCAAGGCUCAAAAAAGGAAGGCUGAUUAUGAAAAACAAAUGAAUGCUUAUAAUAAAAAGCAGGCAAGUUCAGCAGAUGAUGGAGAUGAGGAAUCAGACAAGUCCAAAUCUGAAGUGCAUGAUGACGAGGAAGAAGGCAGUGCAGAGGAGGACCAUCAAGAGGAGGAUGAGGAUGACGAUGACGACGAGGGGGAAGAUGAGAAUGACGAUGACGACGAUUGAAAUUGGCGUGCAGACUUGAAAUGUGAUAUUUCAUUGGUAGGGGAGGCCUAUAUAAUUAAUAUGUUGACUGUGCAUAAGAUAGGCUACUUUUGGUUUAUGCUGGACCAGCUACUUGAGCUUCCCUGUGUUGUUAGUUAUUGUACUGUAGUUCACCUUUGUGCAUUGUAGCCUUAACUGUUCUGGACUUAGUAAUACGAAUGUCUUUUGGAUCA